CCGUGACUUCAUCCCAUCAACCUCGCUACUCACUACUUGGAGCUGGCUUCAUUCUCGUUUUCUCAGCGGUGGAUAUCUCUCCCUACCAAGGCUCAUUAAAUCCUGAAAGAGAUCAACCCCCUGGAUCGACUAUCUUACUGUGAAACUCGUAUCUGAUCGUACAGAACUCGGGGUAACGGAUCACCAAUCAUUCGUCAUCUCAGCUUCCCUCACUUGCUCUGCCAUCAAAUAAUCAAAAUUCCAUAACCUCGCUUACUUGUUCACUUUAUACCCUACCAACGAAGGCUUAGCCCUCGCCCAUCGCGUGGGGUUCCUGAAUAGCACUAUGAGCGCCCACUGCCUGGCUUCGAGGCCUAUCACAAAUCCAAGGAUUCUGCGACACAAUUAUAUCAGCGCAGGCAACUGCAAAGCAAUACAGUUGCGCUUUAUUGUACCGACAUCUAAUGGACGUCUGGACACUGUCCGUACGUUCUGGGGGCUAGGCUGGCCCUGGCGAGACCGCCGCCGUCAAGCCCUGGAUAAGGCGGGUCUAGAAGAGAGUCUGGACAAGAUGUCGAGAAGCCUUCGCGGAUUCUAUGUGAAAGUAGAUCGCAUCCAGAGACUAUCUCACAAACGACGGAGUCGAAACUACCCGUGGGACGAUCGAUCUCAUGCAUCACGUUCUAGUCGAGACCAACAGGACUGGCAAAACCACCACCACCACGAUGAGUUUUAUGAACUGACCAAGAGAAUUGAAGCGGACCCAUAUGGGUUUCUUUUUGGAAGAAGCAAUCAGUACUUGCAGCUUCCAAAAUCUUGGUCCCCGUUCUGUCGCUCAUUCCUUCAUCUUGAGACGACUGAUGAAGUCAAAUCCGGAACUUUCUCCAAUCGAAAGCGUUGUGAGAGUCCUAAAGCUCGUCGUAAGAAUUCAGUGAAAUCGUUUGUUUCAGAAGUUCGUGAUCAGGAGUUUUAUUUUGAUCCUAUCAGUGGGAGAAUGGUACCGAAAGAGCGUGACGAUAUCAAGAAUACGGACAAAGUCACGGGGAAUGAUAGCGAGGAAAUAGAUAUCCCUGUCAAACCCUUUCCCGGAUAUAAUGAAUCACCUUCCAAAAAGUACCAAUCGUCUUCAAGAGAGCGUACAGAACAAGUGCAAUCACAAAGCGCACCAGGCAGCCAAGGUAAUGUGAUUUACCUGGAAGGCCCUGGCGAUGGUUCUCCUGAAUCUCUCAACACACAAACGUCAUCUUCCCAAACAUCAAUGAUUGACACAAAAUCUGAAGCCGAACACGGACAAAACAACGUUUCAGUAACAGGGCAAGAAAGGAAGCUAGAUCGGCAGAUUUAUGCUGACAGAGAUGAUGUUGACCAACUACGUGCCAGUGAUAUUCGGGCUUCAUAUUCUGGAAAUACCAAACCGAAGAGUAUCAACAGAAUAAAAGCGGCCAGAGAUGCAUUGGAGCGAGAAUAUGAAUCAUUUAAAGAUUCUGAAAACUACAUGUCUGAGAAAUCUAAACAAGAUGUGGCUGGUCGAAAGAAAAUCGGCAUGGAUGCUUCAGAACCUGAAUAUACGGAACAUGACGACUUCCUUCGGAGUAUCAAGCUCCAGAGAGAGAAGUAUCUUAACGAAGAUGAGCCAAGUUUGGAAAAGCCUCCUAUUUAUUCUCAGGAAUCUUCGAAGCAUCAAGUGCCGGAAAAAAUAUGUCGACAAACAUCUGAAGCCGAUUCCGAAAUCAAAGUUAUUUCUCAGAACGCUGCGAACGUUGAGGACGGAUCGAAGUUUAUGAGUCAAUCGUUAGAACAAGACGAUGUCGUGUUGAUGAGCAAUGAUCAUGAGCAAUCAGCCGUGGAGGCUCUAAGAAGGUUUACAGAAAGCAUGAAAUCGCUCAACCUGGAAUUCAUUCAUCUAUGUGAACAACUAGAAUCCUCCGCAGUAGUUUCACCAACUGUCUAUCGAGUACUCGCCUACGAUCCCACUAACUCGGAGAUCGUGCUCGCUGAGACAACUUCAUCUAUCCAUGCAUCCGAACGAACGCUUCCUCCUUCUGAGGUCAUGCUACAUAUAAACAAUCCUGCGAAAUUCCUACCGUAUUUCGCGAAAAUGAAGGCCGAUGGGUAUGAGAUUGUCUCCGGUAGUGACAAUAUUCUCGUAUUCGGGAAGACAAAAUCAGAUGCUUCCCCGUCUUCCCACACCGCCAACAGCGUGUCUACGAAAGCCUCUGAUGCGCAAACCAGCAUGGAGACUGAAGACAGCAUAUUAAAUCUCGACGAUGCAAUCCAGUCCACCAAUCGACUAGAAAGAACAACAAAAACUGACUCCACAACUAAACAAACCCCACGACUCGUGCGCCGACAAGAAACUAUUUACACUGGCGGUCCACCAAACUGGUCGCCAUACCCGCCUCUUCCACCGUCCCAAGACGUCAACGAGAACAGCACAGAAACGAAAGAAGAACCACCACGCAGGUCUUCAUCUGUUCGCAAGGCUAUUCGACGUAUGUUCUUAACCGGCACUGCCACCGCAGGAACGAUUUAUGCAAUUGGUGUGUUGUGUGAAUAUUUUCGUACUGGUGGUCAAGACGGUUUAGGGCCUGAAGGGCUCAGUGAAUUUGAAGCUGAGAGACGACGUCGAGACUAGAAGGGUCGUUUAUACGCGUGCUAUUUUGGUGUUGUUUUUGAGUGAUGAGGUUAUGUAUAAUAUGUGAUACUCCACUCCACUCUUGCCUACUCCACUCCAUCAAUAUAGGUUCUGAAAUCUACAUGUAGUUCUGGUUCUAUCAAUAAUCGCGUAGAAUAAUAUGGGAUAAAUGCUGUCGAUAAUUCA